UCCCUGCUGGCCACCAGCCUGAGCUCGGUGGUGCUGAUCGAUGUGAGGAACAGGGACGAGGCGGAGAAGGUCGGCCAGAUCCCCGGCUCACACUGCCUGCCCUUGGGAGAGAUUGAGGAUGCCCUUCAGAUGGAGGGGGGCGCCUUCCGAGCCAAGUACGGGUUCGCCAAGCCCGCCAAGGAGCACAAGUUGGUGAUCCAGUGCACGAGGGGCAACUGGGCGAGGAAGGCAGCAAAGAUCAUGGCCGAUGCUGGCAUUGAAGCGAGGAUCUACCCCGGCUCUUUCCUGGACUGGAAGGCACAAGGAGGCGAGGUGGUGCCCGGCAAACCCUUCCAGCCCGUCAGCUAACAAGAGGACGGCGAGGACGCCAACGAAACACGUCCGAAGGAUCUUACGAUACAUUAACAUAUUUGAGAAAAAAUACAGAAGAAAUCAAAUUGAAAUGAGAACAGCAUAUGUCACACACACACACACACACACACACACACACACACACACACAUACACCAUUCGGAGUGAGGCAAAGCAAAACACGGAAACACUUUCUUUAUGCGUUUGAUGUAAGUAAAACUGAAUUAUCUAAGUUUACCACCACAAUAAUAUUUUUAGUAAACUUUGCUUGGUACAGAAAAUGCAAAUCUUUCAGGAUAAGCUUCAUUAUAUAUUUUAUCAAUGACUAGUGCGUAACUCACCUCUUGGUCUGCUGCGGGUCUCUCUCGAGACAUCCAGCCGUUCCCCUACGGAAGAGCACAGAGCUCAUAGUACCGAUCUUUGGGUAGGACUGAGACCACUCACACACAACACACCGCGACAACGAGGUCCCAACUCCUUGCCUGACGUCGCGUACCUACUCACUGCUAGGUGAAAAGGGGCUACACGUGAAAGAACAUAAACCCAACUUAUCUUCACCCGGCCGGGAAAUCGAACCCCGGUCCUUCUGGUUGUGAGGCAGACGCUCUAUCCACUGAGCUCCCUAAAGGGCAGUGACUCACAAACUUUUUUACAUUAUGGCCCUAUUGAUUUCUAGAAAAUCGUCACGCCCCCCUCCCUUAUUCACACACACACACACUCACACACACACACACACACACACACA